AUGAGAAGGAAGAAUUGGAGACCAGAAGAGGAUAAGGCUUUGCUUGAAAUCUGCAAGUCUUAAAAUUAUAAUUAGAGGAGAGUUUCAAAAAUAAUGAUCUCCAUGGGUUAUAGAAGAUCAGGUAAAUCGUGCAAGGAGAGAUUCCAUAAUUAGUUAAAUCCUGUUGUCAACAAAGAUCAAUGGACUCAAAAUGAAGUGGACAAACUGUUUGAAUUGCAAAGCAAAUAUGGUAAUCGAUGGAGGAGUAUAUCCAAGGAGUUGCCAUAAAGAACAGAUGGUUUAAUCAAGAAUUAUUUUUACUCAUUGGUUCGAAAAGUUCUAAGGCGUCUUUCCAAAACGGUUAAUGGAGAUAAGAAUGGAUCCCAAAUGACUAAAACUCUUAAACCCUCUGUUAUUUCCUCUAUUUUUUGCGUUAAUCAAAAUGCAAAUAAUGGUGCCAUAAAAGUUGAAUUUGCUCAGCUCUUUCGAAAUAUUAUUCUUAAAUACAAAAAUUAUAACCUAUCCUAAUAAAUUGAUAUCGAAGACACCGAUAAAAUUAAAUCCAUUUUUCAAACGUUACAACAAUUAAAUGAAUCCUACAAUCAUCAUAUAGAGAAGAAAAAUAUCUCCAAAAGUAGAUCCAAAAAUCUAAAACUGAAAACCAAACUCAAAAAACUGAAUAUUGACCAUAUCCUCCUCCAAAGGAUAUAGCUUCAACUUCCGAUUUUCACAAUGAAAUCAUGUCCCUUGCAAAAACUAUAUUAGAAAUUUCAAUUUCAUCAUAAUACAUAUCAUCCUACACAAUUAAUGUAUUAAUAAAUAUCAUCUUUCACAUCCUAAAACAUAGACUAAAAUAACGGUUAUGGUGCCAUCUUGGUUAAACCUGAGUAAUUAUUAUUUUUUCAACCACUUCCUUCACCAUAUUAUCCCAUAAAUAUAAGCACCUAUAUCUAACAAUAAUCAAGCAUGCAAACCUAUUAUAGCUCCUUCCUCCACCAACUCCCUGAAAUUAAAGAAGAAUAAGAAACAUGA